AUGAAUAUGUUAUGUAAUAUUCCAUCUACGCGUCGCCCUAACCCAAAACAUAUUUACGCGUCUCCUUCACUCUCCUCGUUAUAGACAACAUACACAACCCACACAGCAUGGCAGAUCUAUACGACGACCUCCUCAGCGACGACGACGGUCAAGCGCCUGUGCAGACUCAAGAGGCGGACACGCGUCCGCUUUACAUGCGCGACCACGAGCUCGCGAUCAUCACGAAGCAAACGACAGACCUGACUACCGCGAUGAGCAGCCAGUUCAAGCUGCUCAAGACAUUCAUCACCGAAUCUGCUGUUGCACGCGCGGAAGGCGCGGCGACGGACUCGGAUGUUUACGACACGUGUUUUCGCGAGCUGCUGGAUAUCGAGGAGGGGUUGAAGGCCGGGCCGAAGGUGAUGGGUGAGAUCACGGGCAGGAAGGAGAAGCAGGUUGGGGACCCUGCUGCUUUUUUCGAGCACCUCAUGGAGUUGGAAGCGAUGGGAAUAGAGGGUGUAUCAGACAGGAAGAAGUAUCAGAGAAACGAAGAGUACAUCGAGUUUCGGAAAGGAGUCUGGGAGGCUAUGUACGACGACGACGACGAAAUUGAACCUCCUGCGCCGGACAAGUGGUUCGAUAGACAGACAGGCACCGUCAAGAGCUUAGCCACGGUCCACGACAUCCUCAUCAACGGCGAAAACACCGCCGACGCAGCCGGCAACUCAGACGACGAACUCGUGGUCGCGCGCACCAAGAUCUCGCUGAAAUGCCCGCUGACGCUGCAGCUGUUCGUCAACCCGGUCACCUCCACCAAAUGCCCGCACUCGUUCUCGAACGACGCGAUCCGGCAGAUGUUUGGCCGCACGACGCAGAUUGAGUGUCCGGUCGGGGGAUGUAUGAAGAAGUUGAGAGUGAGCGAUUUGAAACCUGAUCGCAAGCUGGAGCGGAAAGUCGAGCGGUUCAAGGCUCGGCGCGCGAAGGAGCAGCAGGACGAGGAGGUUGAUGAGAUAUGAGUGAUAUACGUAUUUAGUCUUCUUUUAUUAAUUCAUUUGUUCUGCAACAUUUA